AUGUCGGCUGGGGAGGAGGAACAAGGGGGCUGGACGGUACGGGGCACGCUGACGGCAGAACAGACGGACGCGCUCGAGGCCUUCCGGGCGCGCCUGUUCCGGAAGACCGCGGCCGGCGGUAAAGAGGGCAAACACACCACGACGAAGAAGGAGAAGGAGAAGGAGAAGGCCGGCGAUGAAGAGAAGGCAGCUGCCGAAGAACGCGAUGAGGCUGACGCCGGCGAGUUGACGGAUGAUCAGCGGCGGUGGCUGGACGACAUGUGCCUCUGCCGGUACCUGCGAGCUCGCGAUUGGGACCUCGACAAAGCCGAGGAAAUGAUCAGGGCCACCCUGGCCUGGCGUGCCGAGUACAGACCGGAACUCAUCACCGCGGAAGACAUUGAGCCUGAAGCGGAGCAGGGCAAGAUGUACUUCAAUGGCCAGCACGACAAGUUCGGCCGGCCUGUGAUCUACAUGAAGCCGGUGCGCGAUACGUCCAACGACCGCGUCAUCAAGUUGAAGUACCUAGUGUGGAUCUUGGAGCAGGCCAUCGCCGCGAUGGAUGCCUCGAAGGGCGUGGAGAAGAUGGUGUGGGUGGCCGACUUCAAAGGCACCGGCAUGCGCACCUCCUCCGUCGGCAACAUGCAAGUCAGCAUGGAUUGCAUGCACGUCUUGCUGAACCAUUAUCCCGAGCGACUGGGCGUGGCCUUCAUGACCAACACGCCGUGGGUCUUCUCGGCCUUCUGGAGCGUCAUCAAGCCGUUCCUGAACGAGGUGACCCUCGCCAAGGUCCAGUUCAUCAACGGGAAGAAGGACUUUGCCAAGAUUCUCGAGGCAUGUCACGCCCCAUAUACACCGCUGUCGGCGGUGAUCGAGGAGGAGGCGCUCGAGGAGGACUACGGCGGCAAGGUGGUAUUUGAGUACGACCACGAGACCUGGAAGGCGCAGUACUUGGCCAAGAAGAAGAAUAAGGGCGAGAAGGAACAACAGCACGAGGGCGACGAGGACGAGGACACCGCCACCGAAGACAAGUCGCACGAUGACACCAGCGAAAAGAAGAAGAAGAAGAAGACGAAAAAGAAGAGCAAGGCGAAGAAGGAGAAGAAACGCGCCGAGCAAGCCCAGACCGCGGAGGAGAAGAGCGACCACUGA